AUGGUCAAAAAACUUUUGAUUGCUGCCACUAUGGCAUCGAUGAUUCCCUCGGCCAAUGCCUUCAAUCCCGCUAAAGAUCGGUGGCUUUGUCAACAAAAGGAUGCUAUCUGCAUCACCUCGUUUGUAUGGUGCUCAACCAUUGGUGAAGAUACAGCGAAAGGCUGUUCAUAUCCUGAGAACACCUGGCCAGAGUCUCCCAACAACUUUGGAAAGAACCCAGCACUGGUUUUGUGGGAUCACGAGUAUACGAUUAGCUGGAAGGGGACAGAUGACAACUAUACCACUCUUAUUGAGUGGCACUUUGUGAGAGACACGGAUCGGCCAAGCAACUCGAGUAAUUUGACAUGGAAGCUCAAAAAUAAAGAAAAGUCAUAUACUUUCAAGUUCAGCGACUUGGCCAGCGACUUUCCCAAUAAAGAACACGACGAUAUCGACGCAGAACAAGUCAAAGCCGCCGCCAGUAACCUCAUGAAUGUCUGGGCCGUCUCACAACCCGAUAGACCUUAUGAUAACGAUGCUCGAGUCCACGGUAGCCCCUGGAUGGACAAGUCUCAGCAUUUCAUAGUCAUAGACGACGACGUGGUACCAUAUCUCGAAACGCAACGCAUGAUGUAUAAGCAAAAGGAGGACGUCAAGUGGCACAAUGGUGUCGUUCUCGGUGUUGGUGUUGGUGUACCAUUUCUUCUUGCUGCUGCCUUUGUCUUGGGUAGGUUUACGGGUCGGAAGAGGGUCAAGAAGAUAUCGGGCUACAAGUCUGUUGAAUCGUAUCAUUCGGGGUAUAACUCGGCGUAUCUUGGUGGUCAAUGA